CCAGAGGCUUGUUUCCGGAGUGGCCUGUUAUUAUUCUGAGAGGCACAUGAAAUAACGGUCUCCCUUCAAGUCCAUCAAAAUGGAUAUGUAUGAAGUGCCUGUGCCCAACCAGGAAAUACCCGGAUGUCCACCAGGGUUAGAAUACCUGACUCAGGUGGAUCAGCUCCUCAUCAAACAGAAAGUUGAGCUUGCUGAAGCCCUGAUUGGUUUUGAAAGCAACAACAAGUAUGAGAUCCGUAACAGCAUGGGUCAGGAUGUGUUCUACGCUCUGGAGGAGAACGACUGUCUGACUCGACAGUGCUGCGGUCCCAUGCGCUCCUUCACCAUCCACGUCGUGGACCACAACGGACAGAAGGUCAUCACCAUCACCAGACCGCUGAACUGCACAGCUUGCUGCUGCCCCUGCUGCCUACAAGAGCUGGAGGUGCAGUCUCCCCCUGGGAACACAGUGGGGUACGUUAGACAACAGUGGCACCCGUUCUCCCCCAAAUUCAUCGUGUCGGACGAAAACAACGAGCCUGUGCUGAAGAUCCACGGGCCCUUCUGUGGGUGGAGCUGCCUGCCAGAUGUUGACUUUGAGAUUUUGACGAUGGACGAAGUCACCCAGAUUGGGAAGAUCAGUAAGCAGUGGACAGGACUUCUCCGGGAAGUCUUCACAGAUUCAGACAACUUUGGUAUCCAGUUCCCCAUGGACCUGGACGUGAAGAUGAAGGCUACUAUGAUCGGAGCGUGUUUUCUCAUCGACUUCAUGUUCUUUGAAUCGAACAACUAGGAGCCAAACAGGAUACUCAUGUAAUCAUUUCUGGAGAGCCAUGAUCAGAACAAAACGCCCGAACAUAGAACAACCUCUGGACCAGAUGUUUUAAAAAGGGACUACCUUAAUGUUGCAGUUUUGCAUGAACAAUGAUUUAGAAAGGUUUGUUUUAGUCUUAGCUGCUCCGGUUGUUUGUGACUAAGCUGUGAGUGCACACUGCAAUGUUUCUAGACAAAGCUUUAUUUGUGUUUACGGAACUACGGUGGCCUACAGGUGCAAACACCAGGUCAAAAACAUUUCCAUUGAGAGAAACGAGCUGCAGCUUCAGACCGUAAAGAAUAUUUAGUUACUACUGAAGACACUUGAAUAUUAGGAUACCGUCCUUAUAUCAGCAAAAGGGAACACCAUGCAGGCAAGAGCUGUUACACAGGGAGUACUUUAGGAGUGUUCAGCCAAAAAGCACUGGUGUAAUUUGGUCAAAUCAAUAGUCAACAUGUUAAUAUAUAAUGCUCUUAGCUAUAUUGUGCAGUUUUUAGUUUUUAAGCUUCUAUUUAUUUAUAUAUGUUGGUCAUGUGUGUGUGCUCUGCUUUAUACGAUUGUAUGUGUGCUGCUAUGAGUGUGUGUAACUGAAGCAUCAUAAGCGUACUAUAAUAUUUGUAAUGCCAUAACAGUUAUGCAUUAUCAUUACUGAACGGAGGGGUUGUGGCUGUGCACCCCGUGUUGUCCACACGAGGGAGCUAGCUUUUCCUUUUAGGAGAAUCCUUGCUUAUGCCAUCAAGUUUUUAUUGGGAAAUGAGUUGUAUUUUCUUUGGACAAACUCAGGUUGGAAUGCAUGCGGCUGUGUAUUGUGAUGUUAGCUCCUGCUGGCACCAGGGACACACACCUUCGCCUCGUACUAUGGAUAUAAUGACGGAGUGAUCGUUUGGGGGGGAUUUUGUUCAUCAACUCAUCAAAUAAAGAUUUUAUUUUGUAAUCAAACCAUUAGCGUAGUGGGAAUAACAAAGCACUCAAGUGCCAAACUUAUUUUGAUAUAAUUGGACUUAGAACUUCUACUCCACUACAGUUAUUUAAAAAUCACUUUGCGUAUUAAAGCGUGUAAUUUGCAUAAAUAAUAACACCAAUAGCACUACCAUUAUAUACAAAUACAAAUCAUAAAUUGGAUCCAGAUUGACAACAUUAAAAUGCCCUGACAAAAAGAAUAGGAUAAGAAAUGAGUACAACAAAUGUAUUAUUGUGAAAAUAGUUACUUCUGUACUUCUACUUAAGUAACAUGUUGAAUUUAAGACUUUCCCUUUAAUGGAGAAUUAUAUAUAUCUACUUUUAACUCUAGUGAAUGAUCUUGAUAUGAUAUAAACUAUUUUCCAACAUCACGGUCGUUAUAUGAUGUCAAUUGUGGUUCAGGAAAAUGAGAAAAAAACAUACAUUUUAAGUUAUUUUCUAAUAUUUAGUGUUAUUUUCUUUUUUAAUGAAGUAUAACACACUGCCAUUUUGACAAGCUUGUCUAUCAUAAAUGUUCUUGUGUCUCGAUUAUUGCCCCCCUUUAUGAGCUAUUUUCAGUCAUCACAACUUCAGUUUUUUAUUAGAAAUGACUUUAUUCAGAUUAUUUUCUUGCCACUAAGAUCAUCGCUUGAAAGGGUUAAUAGUGCGAGGUGCUGGUGCUGCGUCCUCUGAAGGCUCUGUGUUUAAAAGCCAAAAACGGGAGUUAAUCUAUUCCCACUCAGAUAUAGAAACACAACUUAUUCUUCUACUUUUCACUAACACUUUGAGCUCAUUUGUGUAAUGUGAUGAAUGCAAACUCUGAGAGCUUAAGUUGUGCAAAUAUAGUACAAAAUAAAAAACAUAUUGUGA